UGAAGAGCCCCUGCAUGAGAAAGCAGAAUAGAAUAAGAGAGAAAGUAAACAAGUGCGGUUGAAGAAUUUAAUUUCUUCAUCCUGCUGUGCCUCUUGGACUUCUGUUUUCUCUCCUGUAUUCUUAGGAAAGGUCAAUAUCCCCAGUAUCAGGCUCUCUCCAGCCCAGCCCUUGAAACAUUCAUUGUCUGGAGCAUAGACAACACAAGGACUGAAAGAGGAAAAUAUGUGCACCCUGCUCACCUCAAAGUCCCUGUCUCUGCUGCUCCUGCUGUUGAAGGUUGUAAUACUUCAGGAGGUCUCUGAAGAGUGGCAAGAAGAAUUUGAAGAUUAUAUGGAUGAAAUACAUACUAAAGGGCCUAUCAAACCACCUACCAAAAAAUGUUUCCAAAAGAAUGUCCUUGAGGCUGCUUUCGAACCAUUUGAGGAUAACUUGUGUACUCAUGAAAUAGCAUUUAAAAAUAUUCACACCAAUCUUUACUGUCACAGAGAAUAUCACUUCCUUAACAUAGCAUUUGAAGAGUUGCAAAAGGCAUGUUACACCAAGUAUGUAGCAUGUGAAAAUGGAGUUAAGAAAUGUCACAAGACCGAGAAACCAAUAGAAGGAGCGUACUGUAACUACACAGGGGGACUUAAAAUGCCAUACUGUGAGUAUAAAACAAUUCGCAAGACGGGAUAUGCUCUUAUUACUUGUCUAUGGCAAGAUGAUAUUGGAGAAAUUAUUCCUGCUUAUGUAAAUAGUAUUUUGGAAAGUCCUGGCAAAUAGAAAAGUGCCAGCCAUUAGGAAGAUAUCUUCCUCCCACAACCCUAGAAGAGUAUUAUCUUAGAGUUGAACGUGGGAGAAUAUAUCCCUCUCCAUACUGAGUCUUCCAGGUCAAAAUUGAGAAUGGUAACUUUGACCUAUUCGUUUUAAUCAUCCACCUCCCUCUCUUCUCCUAACACCAUGCACAGGCAAUGUGGCUAGGUUCAAAGGCCGUGCUCUGAGGUGUGGUUUCAAACAGGUCAUGUAACUGAGCACGUGUUGAAUGUGUAAGGAGGAUGAAUGCCUGUAGUGAAAGGAUGACCACUACCAAGAAAAACAGAAAACAUUGCCUGAAGUGUGCUUCGAAGUUGUAUUUAUGUAAAUCUCUAGUUGAGCAGAAAUAAUAAAGUGCAUUUGCCCUAGCGAAGUGUCUCUGGUAUGGUUACUUG